UUUAUCAGCGAUCGACCGCUCGGCACCGUGCACAUCUCUUCAUUUCUCUUUGCGCGCGUACUACCGCCGGCCCAGUGGAUUUUGCCGUUCUUCUUUCGAUGUAAGUCGAUUUUCUCUAAGGAGCGUCACAAACGCCCUUUUAACAGAUCAACUCGGCCCUAGCAUUUGGAGGUCGUCAACGUAGGUUUCCAGUGUGGAACCAUGGCUAACUCCGUGCGCAAGAUUUGCACGAAAAUCGGAAACGGUCAUCAGUAUUUGUUGGGCACGGCCAAAAUGUCGGCGUACGGUGGUCACGUCGUGUUGGACGCCGUUCAGAAGCACUCGGUCAGACCGCAGGUCGAGACAAUCUGCAAAAUCAAUUAUGCCGACAAUUUGUUUCAUCAAUCACAACCGUUGCUCAACUACAUGGUUCAACCUGUCAAAAACAAACAGUCCGUAGAAACGGCUGUUGAAUGGUUUAACAGACACACAAACCCCAAAAAUGAUGUCUUCAACAGCACUAAGCUUAAACAAGACAAUCUUUCAAAGUCUAAUGAAAAUAUUAGCACAUCAGAUUCUAAUGGGCUACCAAGUUUAGAACAGCUUGAACGUGUUUACAAUAGGUUGGGAGAAGAUUUACCAUUAUUGUUUAGACACAAUUUGGAUUAUUCAUUAUACCAUCCCAGAUUGGUAUUUGAGAAUAACAUCAGAGGAACAAAGAAUGUAGGAUUAGAAUACUUCAUGACAACAAUUUCUUUACUACGUUUGAUGGGCCAUAUAAAGUAUGCUUAUGUAAAAUUUGAUAUAUUAAAAAUAACCAAACAUCCAGAAGAUGGAACAAUCAAAAUACGCUGGAGAAUCAAAGGUAUAUCAGGAAUAAAAGUGUUCAUGAAGUUUUGGAAAUUCAGACUUUGGAAUUUGGAACAAGUCAUUAAAGAAAAUGUAGAAUCGUGGUAUGAUGGGUUUUCAGUACUCUAUUUAGGAUCUGAUGGUCUGGUUCAUAAGCUUACUGCAGAUAAAAUGCAACCAGAUAACAAUAACCCACUACUAGAGGUUAAAAAUCCAUUGGCUACUAAAUUGGCUCUAUUUCUAGGACUAUCACCACAGUUGAGUAAUUUGGAUUGCUUAAUUUCAUUUGACUCUGAACAGACAAAUGAAUUACUUAAAAUGGUUAUUAUGUCCCUAGAAGAUGUCAUUUAAUAUUAAUGGCAAUAUAUAAAGUUAUUUCAUGCCGCAUUAAAAAUCUCCAUUUUGUUUAAUGUUUAUGCCAUUGAAACCUUAUUGCUUGAUAAUAUUUAUAUUAUUAGGUAUUGUUAAUGUAUGUGGCUGUUAUGAAAAAAUGUUUGUUGAUUGUAAAUUAGUUAUAUAAAUAGAUAGUCAAUGAAACUAAACACUGUUAAUUUGUUGUAAUAAAAAGUGAACACACAAAAUUGCUUAUAGAAUUACUAAAUACUAUAGAUAAGCAUUGCUAUUGAUCUUUGUGUAAACCAAGUAUAACUAAAACUCUUAAAGAUUUUACUAAAUUUGUUAAAAGUAUAUCUAAUGUCAUACAAUAUUCAAUAUUGAGUACCUAUUUAUGUUUCUCAAUUUUUGUAUUUUAUUAAUUUGGUAU